AUGACAUCAAAAGAUGAAAUUAUCAUGCGUUGGUUGGAGGAUGAACAUUCUUCAAAUGAAGAAGAUACGUUCAACGAAGAUUGCAGUGAUGUGGAAGCAGAUACCGGUGGGGAUUAUGUACUGUCUUGUGACUCCGCAUCUGACUCCGAGAUUGAGGGUGAUGAAGACGCGAAUUUAGUAGAGGCUGAAUCUCAACCCCAGAGCACGCUUUCUAAUUUUUCUUCGUCGGAGGAUGAUGUUCCUUUGUAUCAGUUUGCAUCAAGACGGAGGAAGAAAAAUUACUAUGGCAAAAAUCGUUUCCGUUGGUCGUCAGUGCCACAUUCUAGUCGCUCAAGACAACACAAUAUUGUGCAACAAAGACAAGAUCUCAUGUUAUAA